UGGUUAUUCUUGCUACGUAGGUAGCAGAGCCAAGCGCCCAAGGUGAAGCAAGGUGAGGAGGAGGAUUUAGGAUGAUUCCAAAUGGAUGUGACCCCUGUCAUCCCCCACUGUGAGGCUGCAUCUCCCGUCCCGCCCUACCGCCCAUGUCGCCGAACGGUCUUACGGGGCCUCACCACAUCCACUGUCAAGCCAUUGUCAGCACUCAGCAGACCACCACGCCUUCGUUGCAGGAUUGUACGUCCGUACAUUGCGGUUGCGGCCACAAGAUUAAAGCCAUUUAUCAGCAGCAGCCAGACACCUCAGCCAUCGAUCUGGCUGGUUUCACCACGCAAUCAUCUACCUAGGAGGUACAGGACUGGACCAUUCUUGGGUGACACCCAGAAUAUCUAGGCAGGCAGCAGCUUUUGCAAGCCAAGAAAGUUCGUCGACAUCGCAACCACACAAACCAUCAUCAUCAUUCGACAUUCUUGUCCCCACGUCCGUAAUUUUGGGCACUGCAACACAGCAGUUCUGAUCGACGACUGGACGGUUUUGUUCAAUUGAAGAGGAAAAGCGCUGUACCGUACGUCAUCCCGCUGCGUGGCUCAACAGAUCUCCCUGCUUCGGACGGGCCCUGACAGUUUGACGGCAACGGCAACGGUGAGGAAGAAGAAGAAGAAGUGCGGGAAGCAAAUCAAUCACGUUCUCGAAUUCGGGGACCACUCCUCUCAAGAGUCUUCUCGAACCAAAGCAUCCCCCGUUGGCUUCCGCCCUGUGUGAAAAGAGGCUCAGCCCGCCCCGCCAAGCAUCCCCGUCACGGCCCUAUUUCAGUUGGUCCGGCUGCGGGCUAACACAGCAGUGCCUCGAGAACCUUGCAGCAGUGCAGUGCGAGGCGAAGGUGUGGAAACAUUCAGGGAACUGGAACUCAAUUGUGGGAUUUUGAGUUUAGGGCUGUUGCUGCGCCCUUGUUCCCUUCCAUCAUCAUCAUCAUCUUUGACUUUUGUUUCUUUUGCUCAAACCUCGGUGAUUCGGGCUAUCAUUAUCUUCUUACCUAUCUUUCCCCGUUCCACUCACCUAGGUUGGUUGGAUCUUCCCUCUCUGCCGGGUUUGCGCUUCGAAAGUCGAGCGGCUGUCACCGUUGCAUUUUGUGUCACCAUACCGUAUACAUACUACGCCCUUCCUUUCUUUGUUGGAGUUGGAGCGUUGAAGAGUUGUGUGCGGAGAGACUUACGUCCGAGGUUCUUUUGCGCUUGCGAAUCGAGUUCCAACAAGGUCGUCAACAUAGCCCCCACGCUUCUUGGUACGAGUGGGCAGAUUCUCCUUCUCCUUUGCUCGGACUGGCUCAGAGUCUCUCUCUAUACCGUUGUCUGAAGGCUGUGUGGGUUUGCACUUUGCAAGUUGAUAGCGGAGGUUCAGGAACCCAACGUCGCACACCAAAAGCAAACGAGUAGAACAAAGUACGAUCAUAUAAUACGAACUUUUACGCUGAGAGUUAGGGAUAGGGGUAGAGAGAGGCAGAACGUCGUCACCAUGAGCUUUAAUCUGCCCAUACUCCCGCCAACCUCUCCAACAAGUCAGAGAAACAGAGAUAGUAGGAAUUACUUUACAAACAGCUAUAGCCCCCCGGCUUCAACCGAGGCUAUCAAUGGCCCGGUGAGGCAGCGGACAAAGGAGUUGGCUCCCAUCAGUGAUCGGCUGAUUGUUGGCGUUGACUUUGGCACUACUUUCUCUGGUGUUGCUGCCGUAUACACAGGAACGCCAGAUGAUGUAGAGAUUAUCAAGACCUGGCCGGGCGGGAACGGCAUCACGUCCGACAAGGUCCCCACCGAGCUUUCCUAUGCGGCCAUCCCGCCCAAUGCACCGCCAGGCACCGCGCCAGCCGUGAAAUGGGGCUUCCAGUUCCGACCAGAAGAGUCGCGCAUACGCUGUGUCAAGCUCUUCCUCGACCGGUCCCAGAAGCUGCCCUUCUACGUGAACCCCAAGGAGACAGCCACGCAGCUGAAGAACAACAGGAAGACGGUGGUCGACGCCGUGAGCGACUACCUCACGCAGAUCUACAAGCACACCAUGGACACGCUAACACGGCGGUAUGGCGAGUCGUUCAUGGCGUCGACAAAGGUCGACUUUGUCCUGACGUGCCCGGCUGUGUGGUCGGAUGCGGCCAAGAACGCGACCCUCCAAGCGGCGGAGAGGGCCGGGAUGGGCGCUCAGUCGCAGAUUCAGAUGAUUAGUGAGCCCGAGGCGGCGGCAGUGUAUACUUUGAAAGCUAUACAGCCUAACCAUCUGAAGAUUGGAGAUAACUUUAUUGUCUGUGAUGGCGGUGGCGGUACUGUCGAUUUGAUCGCAUACAAGAUCGUUUCACUAGGGCCGAUCAAAGUCGAGGAGUCUGCUGUCGGCACAGGUGGGCUUUGCGGAAGUGCUUUCCUCAACUACAGGUUUGAGGAGCACGUCAAGAACCGGUUGGGGGCUAAUCGGUUCGAGGAGGUGAAGACCAAGAAGGGCAAGUCGUGGCAGAUGGCGCUCAAGUACUUCGAAGAGUUCGUUAAGCGCAACUUUAACGAGGAUGAGCAUCAGGAGAUCAACGUCCCAUUUCCCGGUCUCCCCGAUGACGAAGAAAUCGGCCUCGACUGUGGUUUCCUCAUGAUGACGGCGGCCCAAGUCAAAGACAUCUUCGACCCCGUCGUCAAGGAGGUCUGUGACCUCGUCCAGGGGCAAGUCGACAACCUGCGCGCCAAGGGCCAGACCGUCUCGGGCAUCAUAUUGGUUGGCGGCUUCGGCCAGAGCGACUACCUCUACCGCACGCUCAAGAAGCACUUUACCAGCACGGCGGCCCCUCCGCCCUACACCCCAACGCCCACACAGCAAAGCACGUUGGCCGCGGCCCUGGGGAGUAACUCGAUCGAGGUGAUGCAGCCCGUGUAUGCCUGGACGGCCGUGGUGCGCGGCGCGGUCCUGCGUGGACUGGAGGGUAACAUGGUCAUCUCGCGCAAGGCGCGGAUGCAUUACGGGACGUCGUACGCGACGGUGUACGACGAGGAGAAACACAGCGUUACCGAGCGGUAUUGGAGUCCGUUGUGGGAGAGGUGGAUGGUUAGUGAUCGGAUGCAGUGGCAUAUUGCCAAGGGCGAAACCAUAUCCCCCCAAAACCCCAUAGCCUUCCACUACACGCGCAACUUCCGGCCCGGCCAGUCGCUCGUGGUGACGGACGACCUGAUCGCGUGCGAGGCCGACGAGCCGCCCAAGUCGUACACGCGCGACUUGAUCAAGGUGUGCACGCUGACGACGGACUUGUCUGCCGUCCCGAGGAGCCUGUUUACUAGACUCACGACGACGAAAGGGGUGGAGUUUGAUAACCUUGACUUUACGCUCGAGAUGAUUGUCGAUAGUGCGGGCUUGGGGUUUGAGCUCAAGGUUGAUGGGGUUAGGUAUGGACGGGUUGAUGCCGAGUUUUACUAGGUGGGAUGGAAGUGGCUGUUGGGGUGGUUGCCAUGGCGGAUGGAUGGAUGAAUGGAUGAAUGGAUGGUUAGUUGGCAGGUCAGUGAAAGGGGGUGUUUGCGGAGGAGGGGAAUCUGGGUCAUGCUGGUCCUGCCAAGGGACAUUUCAUGGAUGACAUAUAUGUGCAUAUCGUACAUACGGGCAUCAACGUUUGGCUGAUGAGAACGUGAGUGCCUUUUGUAGAAGGUUCCUCAUCAACAGCAUUCGUCUUAACGAUAAGUGCAUUGCUAC